UUUGACAGUUGGUUGCUUCGUGUCGUGGUACGGUGGGAUUUGUUCCAAGCGGCAUUGAAAAGAAGAAAAAAAUCGGAUUAAAUACUGGUUUUCGCGGGAUUUACUGCCGAAAAUCUGCACUGUUUUGUUGUUUGAUCAAGUGUAUAAAGGAGUUAGUGGAAAAACACUUGAAUAGAUAGUUCUGCUUGCAUAUCAAAAAUAACCAAAAAUGCACACGGUUCUUACGCGAGGAAACGCAAUCCUGGCCUACUCGCUCAGUGUAUUGGCCUUUCUGACAUUCUGCUGCUUUGCAUCGACCUUUUUCAACGACUAUCGAACUAAUGCCAAGAUUAAUACCGUAAAAGUCCUUGUUAAAAAUGUUCCAGACUUCAGUGCUUCCCGGGAGAAAAACGAUCUUGGUUUCCUCACAUUCGAUCUUAAUACCGACUUGAACGGUCUGUUCAAUUGGAAUGUAAAGCAGCUGUUCCUAUAUCUGACCGCCGAGUACAAAACCGAGCAGAACGAACUGAACCAAGUGGUGUUGUGGGAUAAAAUUAUUCUGCGAGGCGAGAAUGCCAAUUUGGAUUUCAAGAACAUGAACACCAAGUAUUACUUCUGGGAUGACGGCAAUGGCCUAAAGAAUCAUCAAAACGUAACGUUAACACUGUCAUGGAAUAUCAUUCCCAAUGCCGGGCUGCUGCCGAACAUCUUCGCCUUGGGCCAUCAUUCGUUCAAAUUCCCGGAGUCGUACAUGGUUUCACCGGUUUAGGCUAAAUGAGACUGCUAGGGGCCCCGAAUGUGAGCGAAUCAGCAUAGGUUGCGGAAAACAAACCCGAUAGCACAACACGCCGACCAGUAAUUAUCAGUAAAUCCUUUUUUCCGUCGAUUUCCACUUCAGAUGCAUUUCGUUUUCUGUCGGCAUUCCCGGAACCGGAACCGGCUCCCGCUGAGUAGUGUGUGCGUGUGAAAGAGAAAGAUACAAAAAACAAGUGAAGUUUUUGUGCUUAAUUCUAAGCCGGCCGAUUCAGUUAAGUAGCGAAUAAAUUUUUCCAUUGAAAAUAAAAGUGUGCUUAGUUAA